AAAAAGUAGAACAUACCCAAAAGUCCAACCAAAUUAUGUAACCAUUAUUAUUAUAUCUACCAACCUAAAACUCUGGAGUCAGUGACCAUCAUCAAAUUUACUUUUAGAGAGAUGAUUUUUUACUAUACACAUUUAUAUUCCUAGAGAACUAUUGCCUACAGUAAGUUUUUGUAAAAGUAUAACGGUACUACGUAGACGAAAAUCCUAAAAACGGUGUAACUGCGUCGCACUUAAGUUUUUUUUUCUAAAAAUUUGUUUUUUGAAAUAAUUUAAAGCUUCUGUAGAGAGUGAAUAUAAAUAAGAACAAAAAUGAUAUUAAAGGGACUUCUUACCCUUUUAACUAUUUUUCAUCUCCAAAAUGGUGUUACAUCAAAUUCUCACGAAGUUUUAUUUGAAAUUACUGACAUAAAUUCUAUUAAAAAAUUUAUCGAUGAACACUAUGAUGUAUCCCGCAGUGAAAAAUCAUUUUCAGUACUUAAAAAUUUAACUUUGGAUGAAAAGAAGAAAGCAGCUCGAGAAUUCUACCUGGAAAUGGAAGCAUUAAUUAAAAACAUAUCAGAAAUGAUACCUGAAUAUGAAAGAUUUUAUAAUUCUUGGUGGUAUGAAGUACCGAGAGACUUAAAACCUUAUGGCGUCGGUAGGAGAGACAAUUUUGAUUUGUUCGCUAUGAAAGGUCGACUAGAAGUUUUAUACAAGAUAAUUGAGCAUGAUGUGGACCAAUUUUUCUCAGAUUAUAUGACUAGAUCUCAAGGUACCGGGAAUGAUGCAAAUGAAAUAAAUGACUGUAUGCAUUCUUGGGCACUAUAUUGGUAUUCCGCAAAUGAGAACUCUCUCAACUUGAAAUUAAAUUUACAUCAUGGUCCUCUUCUUGUUUCUGGUAGUAUUCGCCAACUCUUUUAUGAUUUAACAUUCUACUUGUCUCGUGUUAAAAAAGCAGAAGACAAUAAAUACAAUUACUGUAAAAGGACUUCUUCAUACCAUCAAGAAUUUUACCAAAUGUACAAACAAUUAGUAAUUAAAAUUUUCCAAGAGUUUAGUGUGAGAUAUUUCUCCUCUAUGGGACAAGCAAUUUGUGUUUCACAAUCUCAUAUGGAGACACUGGAAAGAAUGAAGAGAAACUUAUUCAAUGAUUUGAAGGCAAUAAUGAAGUCAACCAAAGGAGUUUUGCACAACACGACAUGGUAUAUGUAUCAGUGUGAUCCGACAAAAUUUGAUAAGCGUGCGGAAGAAGUAACACACCUUGAGUUAGAGAAAAUGGUGCAGACGGUAAUAAUUGCAGAAAAGGAUUUGAGCACCACUCACUCUUGCAGCCAUAACUGUAACUUGAACUUAAUAAAAGAUACUUUAAAUAAGACACAGUGUGAUGAAUUUCUGGACUGUCAAUAUAGUACGCCCGGUUACCAGAUCACUGAAUUGAGGAAUAGUAGCAGACGUUAUGAAUCUUUCACCGGUUAUGAUGGCGAAAACAAAAAGCAGUAUGGCAACCCCGAUCGGCAUUUCGAGAACCGUGAAAAACCCUUAGAUGUAUCUAGUUCAUACAACUGGGGUACAAUGAGAUUCUGUGACUACUGUAUUUGUACUUGUGCAACCAAGCAGUCGCACUCGCCAAAUGUUACUAAUGCUGUUAGUUUUAGAGACCUAGUUUCGGAUAUUGAAAACAACAAGGUUGUUGUAGAUGUCAAGUUUGUGAAGAAAGAUAACAUGAUUCACAUGCAAAUCUUAGAGGGUGAAGUUCAACCUUACGGUCAAAUUGUAAAUGAAUCGUGGAAGGAAUUGGAUAAAUUAUACUACGAUGAAUCUUCUAAACACUUCUACAACAAUGAUCGCCUUGGUGGUAAAAUUAUUUAUCAAAGAGGAACGGAUUAUGCUAGCCCGGAUAUUAUGAACUUGAAUGAUGUAAUGGCGCCAGAAAAGCAUGUAAUCACUGGGGUUCGAUUCCGAUUUACUGAAGAUUUAGUUAACAAUUCAACUCAGAAGCAAAGUCCAAUUGAAUUACAAAUUCGAGUGACGUCUCUUGAUUUUCUGAGAGGAAAAUUAAUUAAUCUAGAUCAAUCAUCGUGGAUAUCACCUAAGGAAAAACUUCUCAAAAAUGAAUUGAUACUAGAAAACCCAGACAAUCCUAAGUAUGUGAAAUCAAAUACUGAUCCGACUAUAACGUCAAAUAAAUUCGUUAGAUUCCGAGCAUCUGAUUUGAAGAAAGAUGCUGGACAGUCAACUGUGCCAUUCUUUAGAGGUCGUAACACCGAAUUGAUUGACAAAUUUCUUUUGGGUGGACUUGGUCUCAUUCAUCGCGGUCAUCCUGGGUCUGGUGGACACCUUGAUAUAAAGAUUUUUGACUUUGAUAUGUCGCCUUAUUUCAAUAUCAUCGACGAUACUCCUGAGACAUUAUUGGAUUAAUUUACAAACAAGUCUUAAUAGAGUUAUCGAUGAAAAACAAGUGUUGGAAACUGACGUUAAAUGGUCAGAAAAAUACCCAAAAAAAAUUCAUAGAGUUUAACUAAAAUUGUUAUUUUAUAAUUUUCUACUGGU